AAUACACUCAAAAUCAGACAAGGCAACAAACAUGUCUUGUGCCAGAGAUCUGUGUGUGCUGUACCUGGUGGCCCUUGGACUACUUUGCCUGAUCAGUGCCGGAGAAGCCGAUAUGUAUGAUUGCUGCUACACGUACACCAAAAAGCAGCUGCCUUUAAAAGUUAUUAAGGAUUUUACAACCCAGAAUUCCUUUGAAGUGUGCGACAUUGAUGCAGUUAUCUUUAUUACAAGGAAAUUCCGAGUCUGUGCAAAUCCCAAGGAACAGUGGGUCAUUAAUGCAACCAAAGCAAUCAGCAAAAGACGAAAGAAAACUUCCAAAACAGAUUAGAGCAACCCACUGAUGAACAUUUCUUCAUGAUUUUCGUCAAUGUUUUCAAUGUUUCUUUUUUUGGCUUGCAAAAAAGCGACCUAACCCUGGUUUCAUCUGAAACAUCCAAAUAUGCUUCUUAUUUAGCAUUCUGAUCACAUUGCAUCAUUACUGCAUCUGCUUAUUCGAGCAAAUGUUUAUGUAUAUAUUAUUGGCGGCUUACAUAUAGUCCUGUAUGUCCUGUCACUGUAAUCUCUGCUUUCAUAGCAUUACAAGGAUGUAGCUGUUUCUUAUCUGUAAUAAGACAUGUCUGUAUAACAGUAAACUGGAUGCUUUCAUUUCUCUAUGAGAAAAAUAAUUACCGUGAAAGGGCAGAAAACUGUUGGGCUUCCAUCAGCAUGUCUCUUUGAAAAGCUCUUCUCCAGAUUUAGUUUUGAGAUUAAAAGGCUGAAAGUCCUGAGUGUGCUCAUCACUGCCUCGAUGCUUGAGUAAAGACUGUAUAUGUUAGUCUUCACCCCACUUUCCCACAACAUGUAGGUUAGGGAGACUGAGUAGGACAGGAGAGAUCCAGGAAGGAUAAAUAUGUUGCAAGAUGAAUGAAGGAAGCUGGGCAAAGAUCAUACCAGCUCACGAACAGCCAAACCCAUAAUAAUGAUGGAACCCCAGAAGCUAAAUGUUAUUCUAGCAUGGCUACCAAUUAAUCCAAGCAGUGACCUCUCAGCUCCAGGUUAUCAUGUUGCUUAAAAAAUGUGUAAAUGUUUUAUAAUAAUCCUGACUCUGCUUGUUCUUUUUGGAACUCGUUUGUUUCUUUGUUAUAAGACCAGUGCAAAUAAUAAAAUGUUUUACCACCUGGAA